AUGCCCACGUAUCUAUGCCACGGAUUUCGAUGGCAUCGCCGGGCCAUCCGCAUUUACGUCAUUCUCAACGACCUCGAGGAUGCUGCUUCAAACUGGAUUAUUGGACCUGCGACUUCUUCAUCCAUCAUCGAUCAGUUCUACACCUCAUACGACUUUCUCCCUGAGGUUGCACCGCCACAGCAGGAGGCCAGCGUCAGCAUCAAGGCCAAGAAGGAUGAUGAACACCUCGAUGAUGACCUCUCGCUCCCACCAUCGCGUGUGCCACCUGAGCAUGAUGGCGUCCUUAUGCACUCAUGGUCCGCCGUCAAGUUACUGGAGGAGUAUGAUCCCGAAGACAUCACGACUCCCUGCAGGCCGUACGCUUACGUUGCGGAUUAUGUGGUGCGGGUCGACUUGAGCGUGGAUGUGGCUGGUGAGAUGGCCAAGUACUAUGAGAAGAUGGCAGGUGAAGAUGGGUGGAUUGUGAAGUUGAGAGAUGAGCUGCAGAAGGGAGAGCCGGUGAGAUGGUAUGUCGUUGUUUGUGGCGAUGAGGUCAGGGACUUUCCGGGAGAGAGUGAUGAUGAGGAGAGCGAAGAAGAUUCAACGUCUGAGUAUGGUGGUGAAGCAGACGAUGCUCUUACAGCGCUGGAUGAUAGCCCAGAGGAGCAAGAAGGGCGCUCAACACCGAGACCUCCCGAACAAGAGUGGCCAGACAUCCGCCAACCUAUCCAACCCAGCGAGCCCCUUCCACAGAGGCUAUCAACUUCAACGACAUCGUCGUCACAGUGGUCACAAGAAGAUGCAGCAGCGCCGCCGAGACUAACACCGGAUAUCCAAAUACCACUUCUUCGAACCUUUGAUAGUGACUCGUCACGGUAUUCAACAUCGACGGCGUCGGGACUCUACCACGAUGGAGACCGCUUGUUGCUAGAGCCUGAAGAGUUCGUGAUGGCGCAGUCACCCGCGCGGACUCCUUUACGGGAGGAGGCACCAGACAUUGUCAUGCCCAUCAGAGCCGAGGAGCUCAACCCAUCCCUAUCAGCGUGGUCGACUACACCGAGCCCGCAUACUGAGCUACCAGACCCGAGCUCACAUCCAUACGCGGAGGUUAUGCCAUCUAGAUCACCUUCGCCAACGUCCCCGGUUACUAGACUUUCAGACACCUUCACCUACAUCACCAAAUCCUCCACGGCCAGGGCCAGGGCUGAAGAGCUCAUUGAUCAACCCCAAACAUCUUCAACUAUCUCGAACGCCCUCGCCAACUUCACCAACUUCGCUCGACUCUCCAUCAAGUCUGACAAGGCCAUUACUCAACCCACAAGCUCUUCACCCUUCUCAAACCCCAUCCCCGACUUCGCCGAACCCACUGACAAGGUCGCUGGUAAACCCUCAAGAUCUCCAGCCAUCACGGACACCCUCGCCUCCUUCACCUACUUCAUUGGGUCCCUCACAAGCAAGGCAGCUGAUCAACCCCCAGCACCUCCGGUCUCAAACGCCUUCACCAACAUCAUUAGGGACUUCACAGCCAAAGCCACUUAUUAA